CGAGAUUAGUAUUUCCCGCUGCCUGAAAGUUUGAGGUUGGGGGUAGCUUGAAUGCCUCUUUGGUAUUUGAUCAUGAGCGACCUCGUGUGCCGCCCUCAUUUUCUCUUACAUUGCAAUGGUAUCGUUUGUAUUAAAAGACCAACCAAAAUGUCUGCCCUUUGGGGGGUGUAAAUACGGGACAUGGUAGCAGCUACCAUGGUUGCCUACCUACGACACUCUCCUGACUCUCACUCUUCUCUACGUUUCUGCACAACGUCCGGAAAUGGACUUCAGGCUGGCUUCAACUUUCAUUCUGGAAUUUUGUCCGUGACGGAUUCGGCGCGUUUUGACCGCAUCGAUGUCGUGGGCCACUUACCUAGUGAACUCAGGAAUAUGAAGCUCUUCUCUCUCCUCGGCGCCUUCAUGGCCUCCUCCCUCGUUGCCGCCGGCCGCCCAGAGCCAGAAACCACCACCACCCGUAUCAAGCCUACUUACACCCCGCCCUACACCGAGACGACCACCACCCACACCUGGAACAGGCCCACCAAGACUGAGACCGAAUACAAGACCAAGAUUUAUGUCAAGCCAUCCGUCUACACCGAGACCGAGACGGAGUAUCGUACCAAACAUCACCACAAGACGGUCGUUUCUGUUCAGUCUGUUCAGUCAAUCUACACUCCGCAUACCAAGCCUCAUCACACGGAUACUGUGACGAUUAUUGGGUCCAAGACCUAUCCUGUUUACGUGCCUACUGAGACACCUGCUGUUACUGCUGGAGCGGCUGGGAAGCAGGCGGCGGGAGCUAUGGUUGUUUUGGGUGGUGUUGCUGCUUUUUUGCUUUAA